AUUAUCUCUUCCUUGGAUAAAGCCUCAGGGUCUGACUCACCUUUGUACCAGUAGGAUAAGUGAAAAGCUGCUGUCCCCUCAUGUGGCGUCAUGAAUACACUCCUACCUCCAUGUCAACUGUACGGAAAUCUGAGCUUUGGGCGGACUGUGUGGCAACCCGUGCACUUCCCUCUGCUGGGCUACAACGAUAGGAGCAAUAUGCAUGCUACUAUCUGAAGUACACUGUAGAAGUGAACUUUAAGUAGGCCUUUUCUUUAGUUUUUUCCCCCCUUCCUCUGUCAUCAUGGGUGAAUCUGACGGGAACGGGCCCCUAACUCGCAGGAGAAGGGCGACUUUGUCGGCGGGGAGAGGUGCGAGUUUGGCGCCGAUGAACGGGAGGUCUGCGGCGGCGUUUCAGGGCACAGACACCGCUGACAUUAGCAGCAAGGACGGCGGACAACAGGGGAAGCGUGACCGCUCGCUGGAAACAGUCCGGUCCACGUCAAAGAGUAAAAAGAAACGCAGGAGUGACAUAAGUGACACACUGAGUAGCUGUCACAAGACACAGCAGUCCCUGCUGAGCUCAGCCAGUGGUUACAAAAACUACAGAGGAGUCCUCAACUGGUGUGUGGUCAUGCUGGUGCUGAGUAAUGCUCGCCUCUUCUUAGAAAACCUGUUAAGGCACGGUAUUCUGGUGGAUCCUAUUCAGGUUAUUUCCUUGUUUCUGAAUGAUCCGUACAGCUGGCCGGCUGCAUGCCUGGUGAUUGUGUCCAACGUGUUCGUUCUGGUGGCCCUCUACACAGAAAGGCAGCUGUCAAAGGGUUCACUCAGUGAACUUGCAGGAUUUCUGGUUCAUUGCAUUAACAUGGCAAUAAUGCUAACAUUCCCAGCUGCAGUGGUCCUAUUGGUCCCCUCUGUGACCCCAGGUAAAAUGUUUUUGCUACUAUCUACUGAACAUAGGAGACAUGUGUGUCUUUGUUUCCAGCUGUUCUUCACUCAGCUGUUAGUUGCUCUCACUCAACAGUGGAUGAUUCCCAUCAUUCAAAGUUCCAUGAAACCACUAGAGGACAUGGAUCUGUCCAGGAUGACAGAGAGACUUCUGAGAUUAGCUGUUCCCAAUCACCUGUUGUGGCUGAUGUUCUUCUACUGGUUCUUCCACUCGUCUUUGAACUUCACUGCUGAGCUGUUGCGCUUUGGAGACAGACAGUUCUACAAGGACUGGUGGAACUCUGAGUCAGUGACAUAUUUCUGGCAGAACUGGAACAUCCCCGUACACAAGUGGUGUCUACGCCACUUUUACAAGCCACUCCUUAGGAGAGGAUUUAGUAAAAUGGUCAGCCAGUCAGCUGUCUUCUUCUUGUCGGCUUUCUUCCAUGAGUACUUGGUGAGUGUUCCUCUGAGGAUGUUCAGACUUUGGGCCUUCAUGGGCAUGAUGGCACAGGUGAGACCCAAAAAGAAAAAGUUUACAAAAGCAUGCAUGUCUAGAUACAACUAAAUACUAGACCGUGGACAGAGGUACACGUAAAAGCAUAAGGUUAGUCUACACAUUAGAUAAUGCUCCAAUCAACAUUUAUUGUUAAGCCACCAUGUAACAUUCAGUCACAAGCUUUUCUUCAAUACACCAUUUUAAUCAGAAUUGUUUUCGUAAUGUUUGAAAAGGUUAAAGAAAAAAAUAUGUACAAGUGUGACAUUUAAGUGUGGUUACAUAAAUAGUUUAUUGGUGUACCCCUGUCAUACUAAAAGUCAAAAUAAAGACAAGUGGAUGAUGUUCCUUUUGACUCCUGUGGGACAUUUUAAAAGGUGCUCUCAGUGUUUGGCCUUGGCUUCAGUAUCAUUAACUUAAUUAAUUACCUAAUUAGCACAACAGGGCACGAUUGAUCUAUC